AUGUCUGCUAUUAAACAAUUCUUUUCCGACAAAACUCAUUACUUUGUGGUUGGUGCCUCGACGCAGCCUGAAAAGUAUGGUAAUAAAGUACUUAAGUGGUAUAUUGAUCAUGAAUUACCCGUGACACCGGUGAAUCCAAAUGCAGAAACGAAGAUUUACGGCUUACCAGUUCUAGAGUCCUUGGCUGAAGCAUUGAAGCGUCAUUUUGACAAGGAUCAUCCUAAGAUUAGUGUCUCUUUUGUCACACCACCAAAAGUUUCUUUGAGAGAGAUUCAAAUGGUAGCAGAUAUUAGCGCUCUUACUGAAAUUCAAAGCCUUUGGUUCCAACCGGGAUCAUGCGAUGACGAUGUUAUUAACUUCUGCGAAUGCUUUGGAUUUUCCAAGGAGAAAGGAAAUCUCAUUGAUGGUGAGUGUAUCCUAGUUGAAGGGGAGGAAGGAUUAAUGAAGUGA